CGUCGCUUCGAGACCCUGCAUAUUCAUGCACUGAAUUCACACCAAGAUGGGGUGCUAGUCUUUUCGCGCGUUGCCGUUCAGUUCAGUCUUGGUGGCAAAUUUUUUGAUCGCAUUUCACCGCCUGUUGUUCAUUCGUUCAGUCGUGAUUUGCGCAGCCCCAGUCCGCGCUGGAUCGACAUUGACUUGACUGCAUCAACUUCAGUUGAGGGCCACCGGCAGCAGCAGCAUCAAUUUAUGAAACAAAGAAACGGGCCUAAGCAAAGGGAAAUGCAGAAUAACUCGCCUUCUUUACGAUCACGGCGCUCUAUCCCAUCAGAAAGCGGGGACGAUAAUAACAAAUUUCGAUGUUUUAUUCCAGUCUCUAACAGCAAUGAUUCUCUGUGCCGAACGCGUCGGGUCCCUGACGUUCCCGCUUCGCAUGGUAGAGAGGAGGUCCGUUCUGCGGCUAAACAGGCCCCGAUCGGACGCUACGUGCGAGUUUCGCUUUGGUUCGAUGGAAAGAGCUGGAUCGCCAUUUCCGAAGUGAACUUCACCUCCAGUAAGUUGUUUCUUCCCCUUCUACUGUAUUCUCAAAUUAUUUUGCUCCGUCUGAAAGAUGGGAAUUUUUUCUGCCCUUUUGUCAAAUUCCGCUCCUAA